AUGAAAGAACCAUUGAAUACUGAACCAUUUGUCGAACCAUUACAACCAUCUCGCUUUCACAAAGUAUACAGUUAUCUAUCAUCAAAUCCUUACUUUGGGGCUGGUGCCGGACUUGCAGGCCUUGGAGUGUGUUUGUCGAUCACUCGGAAAUUGAUAGUUAUAUCGAAUACAAUAUUUAGAAGACGGUUCUUGAUAUCGUUGCAAAUCAGUAAUGAGGAUCCCGCAUAUCCAUGGUUACUGGAUUACAUUAAUCGAAACAGCGCACGUCAAACUCGGCAAAUAUCGGUGCAUACUUUAAUUAGCCAAGCAGAAAGUGGCCGAACUAUUACGAAUUUUACGUAUUUACCAGGACAUGGAAUGCAUUAUUUCACAUAUAAUUAUCGAUGGAUACAGGUAGAAAGGCAACGAGAAAAGCAAGUUAUACAGAAAGGAAAUUAUCGCACACCUUUUGAAACUGUCACAUUAACAACUUUAGGUACUGAUGUACGGUUUUUAACAAAUUUGCUCGAUAAAGCCACCUCGGAAGCACUGCAACAUGUCGAAACGGGCUUAGUUGUUUAUCGAGCUGCAGGACCGGAAUGGCGUCGUUUCGGUACACCAAUGCGGAAAAGACCUAUAAAAUCGGUUGUGUUAGACGAGGGUAUUGCAAAUGCAAUCGUGAAUGACUUUCAGGAAUUUAGCUCAUCUUCCAAAUGGUACACAGAACGUGGAAUUCCAUACCGUCGUGGUUAUUUAUUUUACGGACCUCCUGGAUCCGGUAAAAGCAGUUUUAUUGCUGCAUUGGCUAGCUAUUUCGGUUAUAGCGUGUGCAUGCUGUCACUCAGUGAACGAACCCUUGAUGAUGACCGUUUAAAUCAUCUUCUGAACACUCCACCUCCUUAUAGUGUGGUGGUAUUGGAGGACGUGGAUGCCGCUUUUGGUUCGCGCGACGAUACUGUACAGUCUUCAAAGGCGUACGAAGGUUUGACAAGGGUGACAUUUUCGGGACUACUGAAUGCGAUUGAUGGUGUUGCUAGUGCAGAUGAACGAAUACUUUUCAUGACAACUAAUCAUGUUGAUCGUCUUGAUCCAGCUUUGAUACGUCCAGGUCGUGUUGAUGUGAAACAAUAUUUUGGUUACUGCACCGAGGCUAUGUUUUCUGAGAUGUUCAAGCAUUUCUAUGGUGAUAAUAUUACCGAAGAUAUGGCUAUGAAAUUUCGAAACGCUGCGGUAGCACUGAAUGUACAAAUAAGUCCAGCUCAGGUGCAGGGAUACUUACUACUACGCAAGGAAGAUCCGCAAGCCUCUAUUGAUGAUAUCGCAACGAUCACAUACUGUAAAUAA